CUGACAAAUUCCAGGAGUGAUACCUUGAAUUUCUGGUUGCUGAUUUCAACACUGUUUUACAAGUACUGCAGUUAUUCUGAAAUACCACUUUUUUUUUCAAUAUUUAUGGAGGAAAGCUAGACUUCUUUUUUUUUAAUUCAGAGAAGACUGCAGGAGGGUACUUUGUUUCUAUUCACAAGCAAUUCUUAUGUCGUGGUUCUUAAUGCUUUAUGAGAGUGUCAUAUUUUAGCCCUGCUAGACUAUGUGCCAGGGAAGAGCUGCAAUGUGUGUAGAUCUAUCAGUUACAGGUUGGUGGUGCUGUUUCUCUUCUUUUUUGGUUUUGGCCCACGUUCUCUUCUGGCUUGUAUCUCCAGAGGAAGUUGACUUGCAGCUUAGUGUGCAAGGAUCUUGUGAAGAGGCGGAGGAAGCUGCACUGGACUCUGGCUCAAUGGGAUCCUUUCUGUGCGAUCCAGCACAAGGCAAAUUGGAAUUUUGCAGAUGAUGUUUCUUGGCAUUCAGAAAUCUCUCUUGAUUUUACAGUCGGUCUGUGACUUACUCAGAACUGUGUUGUAAAUGUUCUGCUAUCAGAUAAAUGUGAGGAAACUUUAAAACUUUGCAAAUUGCUAAAGUAUUAAUUUUCAGAAAUUUUUCUGAGUUUUGAAAAAUGGAGCUAUUGCUGUGCGCAGACACACUUACCUGUUUAUACUGCAGAUUUAGCUGUGGUAUGAAAUCACUGGUUGAGUCAAACAGCUGAAGUGAUCUCCACCAGAGUUGACUAUGUCUUGGGGAGGGCAGGAGAAACAAAUUUUCUAUUUCUUUUUGUUUAUUAUUUCUGCAGAAGUUGUACCUAUAAAACAAUUAUAAAGCUGCCUGGAACUCAUUAGUGGAUGGAUGCUAUAUGUGAAACUGUAGGAUGAUCAGUUCAGCUUAUAUUUUGAGGUGUUCUUUGCUUGCAGCUGUAAUGUUUAGCUUUCUUUUUCAGCAUCAGUCAGUGAGGAGGAUGUUAGAAACAGUUCCACUGCAUCCUUCAUGAUGCCCCUGAAAUUGUUUCACAGGAGACAGAGAGUAAAAGUAACCCUGUAGCCGAUGGAAGUGCUUUAUUUUUUUAACUGGUUAUGGGGUUGCUGCCUACCACAGUUUUGUUAAGUCAGCUCAGGUCUGCUAAGAGCUAUAUAAUGUCCUACAGACAAGAAGUUGUGGUGAGAAUUCCACCGUGACUGAUUCAUGCCAUGUGGUUGCAUCAGAGAGUUUCAUCCAUGGGUGUCAAUGUAAAUAUCAUCCUGAGUUUACCCUAAAGGGCACGCACGUAGAGCUGCAAAGCUUGACUGACUAGGUGUGAUAACUCGGAGGAGAAUGAAAGUUGCUCAGAAAAUUAUGGAUGAGAAUUCAAAUCCUUUUCUCUCUCUCUCUCUUUUUUUUUUUUUUUUUUAAAAAAAAGUUCUGCAGUAUCUUUGAGUAAGUAAUUAAAUUCAACAUCCAACUUUCAGCUUUAAAACAAAAACAUUGUUACACAGCCCCACUGGAAAAAAAUCUGUAUAAGAAGCUCAUCAUGGUUACUAACCCUGCCAAACCUGAUCACCACAAACUUUUCAUUCUGCUUGAUGACAAGUGAAAUUAAAGUAGGCUUCUUUAAAAUUAUUGUGAGGUUAACAAGUCUCACUGACAUAUUGUGCACCUUCGUGAUACCUUCUUUUCUAUUGCCAGUGUCAAAAAAGUCCACACUGCAAGGGGAGGAACCUAACCUCUAAUGCAACAGUUGUACUAGCAAAGCAUUGCUAUGUCACUGUCAGGGUUAAUAUAUUCACUGCAGGCACAUAUUCAUGUUUUGCAUGUCCAGUGGGGAUGUUAUUCCUUCUGUGUUCCACCAUGCGGCAGCCAGCAGCAGCGCCUGUCCCCUGCUGUUACGAUGCUUUCCCGGCUCUCCAGAGAACUUGGUUGCUAGUAAAUCUGGGAAGCUGAACAGCAGAGUUGUGAAUGGGAAGCUGGGCAGGGGAGCAGCUUCACAGCGGAUGGAGACUGUGUUUUACAAGUGCUUCGUGAAUGCAUUAUCUGCAGAAGUUCUCCUGUGUUCUGUGAUGAGGCGUUCUAGAAAACGAUGCCUGGACGUCUGUGAUUUGAGACCCGCUCUGUAGCUGGGGCUGCACUCCUUGCUCUCAAAUCUCUCUCUCCUGAGCUCUACGCCUGUGCGCACUGAAAGAAAUUUUUAAAACUGGCCUGCUCCAGGUUGUCGGCAUGACUGUCCUGUCUGCAUUAGGCACUAUUUUACUGUGCUGUGUUGUGUGAGUUUUUUAUUCAUGGUGGACACUGUAUUUACCUCCAGACCACCGAUGAAGUAUGUACGUUUCCAAAUGCGCACGGUGUGAGCUCAUGCAUCUCCCUUUGAGUGAUAGCAUUCACCUUAGUAUGGUGUAGGAUUGGUUUCAGUGGAGCUCUGACAAAGACACUGGGUUUGUUCAUGGAAUAGGCAGUGCAGAAUGAAAUGAGACUUUUUGGGAACUUUUUGCAAUACUGCUAAUGCAUUGUUGCCCAUUGCUCUUCUCUGGUUUGUAACUGGAUCCUCUUUCUUCGGUAGCUUCCUCCAAGGUCAUUUAGCCUUUUUUAGAUGGUUAAUCUGGUCUCGUCAAGAGACUGACAUGUCAAAAGGGAGAGGUACACAAGAAGUUCCCAAGGAAACAACUUCUCAGAAAUCAUGAUACUUUCAAGAUUUAAUUGCCCUUUUUAAUUUAAUUAAUGGAGCUACUGGUUUCAUAUGCAGGAUUUUACUUCUGGUGUUCUUCAAAAUUGUCUUGUUUUUCCUGUGACCAAGUAUAGGGUUGUGUGUAGUUGUGAUGGGGAGUGGGAGGGAGGGGAGGAAAGAAAAAAAACAAAAAAAAAAAGUGUUGUGCAGUCUUCAAGCCAUUCCUUUGUAGUGCCUGACCAUGUGGGUUGUCAGUAUGUUGCUAUACCUCAGUGCUUCUCCUUGGCAAAUCAGUAAGAUUGUGUGUUUUUUCUACUUGACCAUAAAUCUAGAAUAAUUUAUAGAAGUCCUGGAUAAACCAGGGAUAAGCCAGGGCAUUUUAAUUCACCUGUUUGUGCUUCUGAACUUCUUCUGUAUGUUCACAGGUAAUUGCAAUUUUUAUUCUUGCCUCUUUGUCUUUAGUUGCAUAAUGCAUCUUUAAUUGCAUAAUCUGGCACCUACGUGAUUUUAUAGUACUCUCUCUGCUCUUGUCAUAUCAACUUUACAAUCCAGUUUGUAUUUGCAACCUGCCCUUUUCUUGAAUUGUUUAGAGUUAUUGUGACUUAUGCCUUCUGCAGUUCUUGCUGGUCUUCCUGCAACACUUAGUUUAUGUAUCAGUUUUGAAUUUUCUGGUAAUCUGGUUGCAUUCUGAUUAACAUGGACGUUAUCUAUGCACGAUAGGCUCGUCUUUACCUAAAAUGUUGCGCAGAACUGAAGAAGUACAGCCUCUUUUUCAUUACAUCAUCUCAAAUUUGAACUGAAACACUAGAGCUGCCUUAUAGCUAGAUGGGCCAUAUAUGUAAAAUGGACGAAUGGCUUCCCGCAGGCCUCAGAUUUCAGCCUUCCUCCUGGUGGUGUAAUUGUAGCGCUCUGGGCUGUAUCGGAAGAGCUCCCGAGUCCCACAUUGGGCAGUUCACCCUUAGACCUUCCCCCCUCCCCCCCUUUUUUUAAGGGUCUUGUAUUUUGGUACUGUGAAUGGUGCUAUGAAUGACGUCAUGUAGCUGGAUUAGCCAGCAGCAGUGAUAAUAUCCUGGCUGGGGCAUUACGGAAAGGAGGAUGUCUGUCCUGCUCUGCGGUGAUGUGCUGUAGCAGGUGUGGGCAGCAGCCGUCACUGCUUGAGGAAGGAGGACAUCUCAUGGUCCCCAGAGCAGCACGGUGGAAAGCCAUAGCCCAUGAUUACUUUUUAAAAAAAUAUUUCUCUUCCUCUUUCCUAUGCUAUAGGGUAGAUUGUUUUAGAUAUAUCCUAGUCCUUUGUUAACAGUUAAGCUUUUUUUCCUCAUUGUUCUGCAGACAGAAGUGCCUCACUUAUGCUGUCUCACUGUAAAAGUUAUAAGGAUGAGAAAUGUCUAUAAAGCAGACCUGUGUAAGUAUCCCUGGUAUUCUCGGCACAAUUCAUUCCCUUCUCACUCCAAAACGGCUGGCAUGUUCAUUGGUUAUUAAAAAGACCACUGUCAUCUGAACCCAGUGCUGUUAUGUAACUGCUGCUUGGUUUACAGUAGUGUCUCAGGUUUUUAGGCUGCAGAAGUUGCAUGUUUUUUAUCAUUUAGGCUCAAUUAUUCUGUUUUAGAAAACAAUUUAAAAUAGAAAUUGCCAAAUUCUAUAUUGGGAAAUAAGUCAUGCUUCCCUUCACUGGCUGUUUCAUAUUUCCCAUUCCCUAAUUCUUCAAUGCUUUUUUAUCCAGAGCCUGUGCAUUUUCCUUCUGAAAACAGCAUAUUUGUGAAAGAUAUUAGGAAAAAAUCACUAGUGGUGUUUGAUACUGCUAUGUUUGUCUCUGCUGCUAUUUGGCUGUGGAUGACUGGUCCAUUACAAUUACAGUCAGGCCCAAAAAUCUCCCAAAACUAAAUAUUUCAUUUUUUUGAAAAGUGACGUUUCAGAGAGUGAAAUCAUAUAUGAAUUUUAUUGGAAUUUAGCAAAUAGUUAAAAAUAGAGGUAAAAGAUCAGAAUAGUCACAAUGGUUCAAUUCAACACUGUUGAAACUGACUAUUUUGACUUUUGUUAAAAAUUAGUAUUUUGGGGUUAAAAUUAACUUUUGUUUGAAAUUGACUUAAAUUUAAGAAGAAAAGUUAAAUAGCUCUAAAUCCAGAAUGUUCUCCUUUGGAUCUAAUGAAAUAUUUAGUAAAACUUGGAGAUUCUUUUUUUCACCAGUUGGGUAAAAUAAAUAAUAAAAAACUGUUGCUGUGAUAGUUACACAUCUUUUUGUUAAUACAAUGAGUCAAACUAAUUGCUAUGUCUUCCAGCAAGUAUUGGACUUGGGGCAUUUCUCUGCACUCCAAAGGCUGCUUGUAGUGAUUGUGAAUAAGCUGUCAUCUUUCAGGAGGAUCUGUAAGAAAUGCUCACCAUUUUUUGCAAACCACAAGCGUACGAAACUUUUUCACUGACUUUUUUCAAGAUGAAAACUCUUCCUUUCCCCCAUUGGCCCUGUCCCCUAAACAAGGUAUCCCAUGGUAAUGUAGGGCAUACAGUUCCCACUGGAGAAGAAACUUCAGUGCAGGCCAGUAAAUGAGCCUCAAAGCUCAGCUCUGAAGUUUGAGGUCAACAGGGAUCUGGUCAAAAGAAGGACAGAUAGAGCUGGCCAACAGCUGUUGCAGCAGAGGGUUACAAACCUCCUGUCAUCUGCCACGUUAUCUCUUGAGAGUGGGGUUAAAAGAUAAAAGAUGUUUUCACCUCUAUCAGGCUGAUCUGAUUAAAGUUAAAAAGGCAGGUUUGAGUUCAUUAGCAGUCCGGAGUGGGUAAGUCAAAUGCUCCUGAGUUUGACCUGCUCCACCCUCCUUGGGCUCAGCUAACCUCCGUGAAGUACGGACCAGUCUUCAGAAGCAGGUACCUGUGAUUUUCUUUUUUGUGUAUGCUGAGAGAGGUAAGAAGAAAUGAGAAGACUUUCCACAGCAGACACUUUACGUGAGCGUAAGGCUUGAUGAGGAAUAGGAUGGUUAAGGGAAGAUACGGGUGAUAUCAAAGAGGGCAUGAGAGAAUUGCAACCUCCUGGUACAAGUAUGAUUGGCUGGAACAGGGGGUGACUUCUGUGCCUUAGAAGGUCUCUGGCUGACGGUGAUGUUGUUACGACUGUGUAUAGCGACUGGCUGGUUUUCUUUCAAAACAGUAGGUGAAAUCCUGACCCCACUAAUGUUGUUUGACAAUUGAUGUCAAAGGGGCCAGAAUUUUGCCAGUAGCUUAAAUCUGAGAGUUUCCUUGGCUAUCUGAAAGUCUGUAAAGGAGGCAAGCGCGGUUUCCUACCAACAGAAGGUUGUUUCCUUUCUCAGACUGGUGCUCCUGUGUGUGUAAUCGCUAUUAGUCCAUGAGCUGUUAGAAGAUGAUAUUCUCCAGAAGUUGAACAAAUGCCUCCAAAACACGUGCUAUCUUACAUACAAGCAAGCAAAUCUAUAAAAUAAGGGUAAACAAAAGGAAUAAAUGCACAUUAAAAUUUGCCUUAACAUUUCUUUAGUGUUUGGUGGCAAACGACAACAACUGUGACAAUGUUGCAUAAGACGGUCUAUGGAUUUUUUCAAAAAAGUGCAGGUUAUCCUUUGAUUAUAAAAAUCAGUCAUCUUUUAAUUAUAAAAAGCUGAGUAAAUGCUUUAGACAAAACGAAUGAUGUGAAGAAACUCAACAGCACAACUCUUUCCUACCAGUAAGUGAACCUGUGAGCCUCGCUAAGGAUUCUCUGUUGCCCUGUCACCUUCUAAGCAAGAUGAAUUGCAUCAGAGCCCUUACAAAUUAUUUAAAGGAUUAGUAAUAUCAUCUUAUAUGCAAACUUGAAGGUGUUAUUGCUGUUUAUUGCCAUGCUUUACUUGCUUUAUAGAUGAACAGUUGAAGCCAUUUGUGAAUUGUAAACGCAAACACAACUUCAUGUUGAUAAAAACUUUUUUAAUACCAACCAUUCUAUCAGUAAAAGGACAUAUUUUCAAAAACCCAACAGGCUAUAAGAAAUCAAACCUUACAUCUGCUACUGACUUCUAGCUGAAUAAUAGUCAUCCCAUGCGUUGAAUGAGUAUGAGUUUAGAAGGAGUAUGGCUCAUUUGGAGGAGAGCAGAGUGCUUUUUUCCUGCACCAGAGCAGUGAAUAUCCUGGAACUGACAGUCUGUGAUGAAGAUACUUUCACACCAAAUGACCAGCUUUUGAUUGUUUGCUUUGAUGUAGCUAAAAUCCAGCCUGGAGAAAAAGUUCACCUGAAUUUUGCAUUGAAUCCAGAGUCUCGAAGUUUCCCAUUUGGAAGUACAGUUGGAUGCAAUAAAAACAGAGCCUUUUCACAAGGAGAGAUUUCACUUUCACAGUGAAAGGAUCCUAUGAAGGAAGACAAGACGUUUCCUUAGUCCUGGCUCCAGCUGGAGAAGCAGUGAUACAGCCCUGUUCCACUACGUCAAGCACAGUCAACCCAGCCUGGAGAUGACGCUGCCAAGAGAGAGCUUUUUCUGUGACCAUAGCUCGGAUGAAAGGUAAAGGGGUGUAAGUAGUCCCCUGGCUGUGCCUCUGAAUUCUCUGGACUUGUGAGAGAAAGUACAAAUAGCCAAAGUGAGUAACCUUUGACAGCCUUUGGAAUUAUUUAAAUGUAUCUGUAUCUAUGUGAUACCUGGUUUCUCACUAAAAAAGGUACUAGCUGAGUAUGCUUAGUUCUGCUGACAUUUGAAAAUAGAACCAGUAUUCAAGGAAAGAGUAGUACAUUCAGAAUUGCUAAUUUCUUUGAGAUAUAUUUUAAAAGCAAAUGUAGUGAUUAUUGUGUGCAGAAGGCCUGAGAAUAGACCAAAGACAGAUCACUAGAUUAUAGAUCUGAGUAACUGCUCAGUAAAUACAGUAAAAACUGACCUUUACAAACUUUCAACUCCAUUUAAAAUUUAUAGUGUUUUCACUCUUGAUUUUCAGGGUGAAUCUUAUGAUGUAUGUGUGAGGGAAGAAAAUGGGUAAAUCUGUAAUUUUUUUGAAUGAUUACUUAGGCCAGCUCCUAUCUUUUCUUAGUAUGCUCUGUAGAUGAAGGGAAACUACAGCUUAAACUAGUUCAUUAUUUCAAGAUGAUGGAGUAAAGAUUAUAACUGAUUUAACAAGAUCAAAAUAUGGGGAAGGGUUAAUAGAUUGAUACGUUUCUGAAUUGGUUGUUAGUUCAGCAUAGGAUAGGUGGCAUGCAAUCAUGGGAUAUAACCAGUCACAAUACUUCCCAAUGUUGAUGCCUAAGAAUUGCUAUGGUAAGUAACCUUUGUCUAUAAUACAUACAGAUUUGUGUGUGAUGCAUUUGUAACACGUUUUUAACAUCAUUAUUCAUUUAUCAGUCCUCUGCAGGUCAUUUUCAAUGAAACAGUUGGACAGUGAGUAAUUCACUGGUGGGCUAACAAGCAGUGAUUUUUCUGAAGGGCAACAUUACUGCCUACUGAUUAGUUAGCUACAUUGCAAGCAGCAGUUACAAGUGGAGGUGGUAAAUCAGAGUUUUAACUGACUAUUUACUGAGGAUUACGGAACAGAUGAAGAAACCUCUUGGCUAAACACCUCCCCCCCCCGCCCCAGAACAGUAGCCCUGGGAAAUAAAGGUUUUGAAAUUAUGAUGCACAAUAAGUUUGUAAUCAUGUACAGAUAUGAAGGCAAACAUUUAAGAGACAUUUUCUGACUCAAGUAUUUGCAAUGCAAGUUACCAGCAGAGAACUGGCUUGUACUGGCGUCUCAGUAAUUGCUUAGGCCCACUUUGCUGUUCAGGAAACACUUGCAUAGGAAGAUACUGUUAAGAAGUGCCCAGAUUUGAGGGCUCAGUAUGUUGCAGUUUGAAUUUAAUUAACAUCUCUUGUUUUUCACCAGCUGAGACUUUGAUUCACUGCAUUUCCUAAUGACUGCAUGAAAUAGUUCAGGGCACCUUUCUGAUAUCUCAGCAGGAAGGUAGAAAUACAGGAUCUGUGACAGGCACACACAAGUUCUCAUUUGCACAGUGAGGUCUUUGCAUAUAUGGAAGCAGCCUUUUUGGAAACUGGUUUAUUGUUGCUGCUGAGUUUGCCUGCUGUCUCAAGCAAUAGGUCUAGACAUGGCUUACAGAUAACAUUUAUCUUGGGUUCUGGCCCUAUGCUCUAGAUGUAAGAACUGAGAUUUGCGCUUGGUGUUUGAUCUAUGCGCAGAGGAGAAGGAUUUCAUCUGUAAAAGGAAGAAAGUGGUUGCUGCUGCUCUGAAAGUUCUUCAGCUAGAUGGAGACCUGUGGGAGGGUGAGGUGUGUGGGACAGCCUUUGGCACUUGAAAUGUUCUGUCCUGCUUUGCAUGAAGUGAGUGUGAUGUACUUGCAUGUCUGCCCAUAUAUCUCUUCUACAUCUUUUCGACUGAAGCAUACAGACCAGAUUCUCACUUGUCCCCAGACUAUAUCCAAGAAUUUCUGGCACAGAGGGUGGAAGAGGAGCUCUCACAAGGUCUGUUACAGCUCUCUAAUUCUCUGCCAACCUCCGCCCUCACUUUGGUGUGGGUUAAAGCAGCCUGCCUGCAGGACAUGAGCAUAGUGCGAGCUUGGUAUCCAUAGGGGCUGCUGCAGUGCGAAGGAGGUGAAGCACCACUGACUCGCUGUGGCGAAGCGCCCACAGGGUGCCCUUAACGGAAGGGCUGGUCUUGGGGCUUUCUUGGGUGCUCUCAUCACAGGAAGGCUCAUGGCAAGGAAUCGUUAAUGCUCAGAAACCUAGGCAGUUAAGUCAGCUAAGUCGAGUGCUCAUGGACUUAAAUACUGAGUAGGAUAGGACUUAAUUUUUUCAUCUCUGACUAAAUGAAAAGAUCUAAAACUUGUACUGGAAUAGAGGAACAGACUCCAAAGUUAGCUGGAAAAGUGUACUUAGGAGUAAGGGGAGGAAUAAAAAAGACUGACAGUGUGAAGGUCAGAAAGCACAGGCAUAAACUGGGAAUUGCUACAAGUGAACCUGAGGAACCUCAGAAUAAGAUAAAAGGGUUAGAGUCACAUGAAUAAUACCUCCCCCCUACCCCCCAAAUCAACAACAAACCCAAAAGCAAGGAGAGAUGGUGAAAUGCAGUGAAGCGGAGAUUAAAGGUAAUAGUGUGAUAUAUCCCUAACAUUGAAGAAAUAUGUUGUGUUGGUUUUUAAGGACUAUGCUAACUAUGGGGCAAAGAGAGGAUGGCUAACAGAAUUGCCACGUAUGUGAGGAAAGUUAAGACUAAAUCAUAUAAAGCAAAAAUGUCAGGGAGAGGACAGGCACCCCACCUGCAUGUGAAAAGUCAGGACAUUAAUGAAACUGAUUUUUCCAUCUUCAAUUUCAGAUCAAACAACCAUCCUAGCAACAUACAGAUUACCAUUUAAAGAUUAGGUGGAGUUUGCACCAUAUGAGGUGGGAGGUGGGUUUCCUGAAAUACAAAGCCUCUGUUCGUUCAGAGGAUUUUGGUAGUUCUUCAUGGGUUGCCUGAUGGAGAAUAUUCCAGCAUCUCGGAUCUGCUUCUUGGAAGGUGAUUAUUAUCCCCCCAAAAUGUCAACUUUAUAAACACGUAGUUGGCUACACAGAGUCAUCUUUUAAUAACAACUUGUCUGCAAGUAGAAACACUAGUACCAGAUAACAUAUCUGAUACAAUUUAAAUCUCAAAUGAAAUGUCUUAAAGUGGAAAAAUGAAUUGCAGAGGAAGCAAAUAUCUAGGGCAGAUGCAAUUAACUUGCUGGACUUCUUAAAUUAGACUAAAACAGAACACACUUGUUAAAACUACCUUUUGAAGUAAUUAAAAUCAGCAGCUGACUUGUAUCAUCACCCCUGUUUUUUUAAAAUGGCCUAAUCAUAAUCCAGACAUUAGGUGGAAUGGCAUAGCAUUUGGUAUUCAUAUUCCAAUUUAUAAAAUAUCAUAAUUGGCAAGUUAGGAUAAAAUUGGAUGAGUAUGAAGUCAUGUGUAAAAAACCAGUGCUCAUUUAAACAACUGCAGAAGCUGAGUAAGGCUGACCAAGUAUGCUCCAGAGCUGUGCUCUAAAAAUGCAGAGUAGUAUUAAGUAGAGUGGUGGUGGUGGUGGUUUUUCAACUUUCCAGGCACAUGGAGUAAUAUAUUUUUCCCAGAGUGUUAUGGAUGCUGUCUACCUCUCACGUCAUUCAGAGGACUUCUAGCACAGAUGGACUUGGGGCACUGAGCGUGACAUUGCUCUGUUCUUUGAUGACCCAGCUGCUGGACCUAUUCUCAGAGUACUGCUGAGAGCAAGGAAUCCUGUUGCCCUGGACAGAGCUGAGCGAGGGUGGCUGAGAGCACCUGAAGGAGUGCUGCCUGUUUGAGGACAACUCAGAGGCAGCUAUCUUGAUCUAUUUCCCACUGGUGUGUGACACCUUCCAAAAAUACAAGGCACCUAGCUUUGUGAACUGCGGUGGAAUGAAAGAAACGUUUUAAAAGCUGUUCGUCACCUCAACCAUAUCAACUCUGUUAAAGUAUGUUUUGACCAAUGCCAUCAGAAGCAGAUGUACAGAGGUUUUGGUAACUGACUAACAGAAAACACGAAUCCACACAAAAUGAACAUCCAUGUCAGCUUGUUAAACAGAGAAAAUCAUAUCUUUUAUUAAGUACUGUGUGUUGUGAUAAACACGGUUCUGGCAAUGAAGUCAUUAACAAAUUGUAAUUAUUUUUUUAAAAUUCACUCCACUGGUACAGUGAGUUGGAAGGCAAUUUUGAUGUUAUAGGGUCCAGUCUGAUAUAUAGAAAUAUAGUGAUGAGGUUUCAACCUCAGAAAAGUCCAUGCCAUAUUUGGAUGCAACUCUUAGUGGUAUGUGGUCUUUGUUCUAGAGACCAAAGCAAAGAUCAAGCAAAGUCUUAUGUCUUUGCUUUUGACAGUAGCAGCUGCCAAAAGAUGCUUGUACUUGGAAAAAGAGGACUGAUAAUCAAAGAAUGGUACUGUAAAUAAUACCCUUGGUUUUGUCAGCCUUCUUUUAGGCAGAAGUCUCAUUUUCAUUGAAUUUACCUGAUUGACUGCUAUUGAAUUGAGUCUAAAUUUUUGAUGAACUAUUCCAGGGUGAUCAGUAUCUAAUAAGUAGCUUGAUUUUCUACCAACUGUUUAAUAAAAAUCAUCUGGCUUCAUCCACUUCUGCUGAACUUCUCUCUGGGCUAUUGCCUACUGAAUGGAUUUUAAAACCAAGGAAACAGCUAAGAUUUUGAAUCCUAUACUUCCUGGUUUUAGAGAAACUAUAACAGCCUAGGCUUUGGCCAUAGCCUUGUCUUCAUUUAUUAAUCUGCUGUUAGCUCUCAGAUGGUCAUGGUAACGAAGCUUGUUACAUCAACUCUAUUCACUUCUGCGACAGCAGAAUGGUCAUCGUGUAGCUGCUGCUACAGCUUUAUUCCAUUGCCAUCCAAACCACAGGCAUUGUUUCAUAUCUGUUAGAGAUAAAUGUCUGUUUAAGAAGAUGUGUUCAAAUGGUUAUUAUAAGAACUUAUUGUGUAUAAAUUGAUACAUGUACUGUGUAAUAGCUACUGUUCAAAUACUAAUAAACCAUGCAAAAUCUUAUUAAAGAGAGCAGUA